AUGACGAUUCGCAAGCUCGACCCAGCAUCUCUCGAAGAGUGGGAGAAAAGUGUUAGCGAGAAACUCGAGCCCCCCACGUUUGCGGAGCUCAAGGCGUUUCUCAUCGGUCGCAUCCACACCCUCGAAGCCGUGGAGCAAGCUCAUGCUCAUAAUCAAAUCACGACGUCGAAACCGCACUCAUCGCAAGGAAGGUCAAAUCUUCAGACGACAAGGUCACAUACAGCGCAAUCAAAGGAACAGUCGUGUGCUUGUUGCACUGCUAACAGCGGCACAUCUCAAGGACAGGCUGCAGUAGCGCAACCUGCAGUGCAGAACGCGCCAAUCUCGGAUAGCGCCUCUCAGGUGAGCAACCACUCAGCUCAGCCUACAAUGAUCAAGCGCUCUCCAUUUCUUCUCGCCACAGUGCAAUUAAUCGCCACGAACCCGGAGACUGGAGAAAGAAUCAUCGCUCGCGCUCUACUCGAUCAAGGAUCCGAAAGUUUAUUCGUCACGGAGUCGCUAGCGCAACAAUUGCGACUACGUCGGCAUCAAGCAACGAUACCGAUCAUUGGCGUCGGAGCUCAUCAAUCGGCAGUGACUCGCGGCAUCGCGACAUUGCAACUCCAAUCUCGUGCUCACACCUCGUUCUCGUGUCAGGUGGAGGCACUCGUGCUUCCACGACUCACAUCGUAUCUACCCUCAUUUCGACUUCUCGUCGAAGACUGGCCUCAUCUACGAGGACUCAACCUCGCGGAUCCAAGCUUUGCACAUCCCAGUCAAAUCGACGUAAUUCUCGGAGCUGACAUCUACAGCAACAUCAUUGCGGAAGCAGCAAGCCCCUCGUAUGGCGCAGUCCAAGGCUUCCAAUGCUCACUCGAUCAUGAACUGCUCGAUCUCGUGCAGCAGUUUUGGAAGCAGGAAGAAGUGUCGAAACCUUUGGCACUAACUUCCGAAAAAGUGCGUUGUGAGCAACACUUUCGCGAAACGGUUUCUCGAACUGCGUCCGGUCGUUACGUAGUUCGGCUGCCGCUCAAGGACAAUUCGGUAGAGCUCGGCAACUCGCGGAAUCCCGCGCAUCAAAUGCUCCUUCGUUUAGAGAAACGGUUCGGUAGCGACGCGAAACUCAAGAAGGCUUACUCGAGCUUCCUUCGUGAAUAUCGUGAACUCGGGCACAUGCGUCGCGCUAUCAAUACACCUGAAGACAAUUCCCGCGUGUUUUAUUUUUCCCAUCACGGUGUAGUUCGCGACAGCAGUUCUUCAACAAAGUUGCGUGUCGUGUUCAACGGGUCUCAAAGAACCAACCUCAGACUCUCUAUCAAUGACAAUCUUCUCGUCGGUCCAAAAGUGCAAACCGACCUCGCGGACGUUCUCUUACGCUGGCGACAAUAUCCAGUCGCGUUCUCAUCAGACAUCGUCAAGAUCGCUCCAUAUCUCGCGAUCCGUGUUCUUCAUCAACUCGAUCAGGACGAAGGUAAGCAGUAUCCCUUUGCGAGCCACGUCAUUCUCGAGAACACGUACGUUGACGACAUCCUCCCAGGAGCAGAUGACGUUGAUCAAGGUCGCGAGAAAAUCAACGAACUCAAUCAAUUGCUCAAGGCGGGCGGCUUUGAACUUCAAAAGUGGACUUCAAGCCACCCAGAAACUCUCGUUGACAUUUCUCGAAACCAUCAAGAGAUCGCGAUGCAUCUGAAUCUCGAUCAAAGUCCAUUCUUUCGGGCUCUCGUUCUUGCGUGGAGACCAGACAUCGACGCGUUCGCGUUCUCUCCGCAAAUUCAUCAAACUCGGGACAAUUCCACGAAACGAAAAGUUCUCUCACAAACCGCGCAGCUCUUUGAUCCUCUCGGAUGGCUCUCGCCGAUCACGAUUAGAGCCAAAAUCUUUGUGCAGAAAUUGUGGGCACUCGGUUUCGACUGGGACGAGCUGCUCUCAGCUUCAUUGUCCUUGCGAUGGAUCGAGUUUCUACAAGAUCUUCAAGGCAUCUCAGCUAUCACCAUCCCACGAUGGAUCGGGUCAAGUUCAGCAUCUCUCGGGAUAGAGAUCCACGGUUUCGCGGACGCCUCUCAAAGUGCAUUAGGCGCAGUGAUCUACGCGCGAACGUAUAUCAACACUCACGAAGUGCGCGUUUCACUAGUGUGCGCGAAAACUCAAGUAGCGCCGCUAAAGAAGCCUUCUGUCAAUUGGCCAUCCUUAUCUCCGCGACCGGAAGAAAACAUUCAUCUCGAGGAAAGAAAAGGGCUGUCGACGCACAUCGCAACAGCUGAGCCGCAACAAAUCUGGGAUCUCGUCGAUCGCUACUCAAAACUAUCGACUCUCCUCAAAGUCACAUCAUUGUGCAAACGCGCAGCAAAUCGGUUCCUCGCGAAGACGACAUCGAAUCGCGUAAACACGUCUAUCACUGUCGGACCGAUCUCUACUCUCGAAUUGAGCGACGCCCAACUGUUUUGGACCAAGGUGACUCAGCAGGCGUACUUUGCAGAAGAAAUUCGCCAAAUCGAGACAAGCUCAAGUCUCACUCGAAGUCAUCCACUAUCGCGACUCACGCCGUUUAUCGAUUCGAACGGAUUCCUCAGAGUCGUGGGUCGACUGAAUCACUCAUUGCUUUCGUAUGACGAAAAGCACCCGUUCAUCUUGCCUCACGAAUCAUCGUUCUCCACAUUGAUCAUCGAUCAUCAUCAUCGGUUGACGCUCCACGGAGGUCCGCAACUCACUCUCGCUACAAUCCGACAGCGGUACUGGAUUCUGGGAGGAAGAGUACCGAUCCGCAUGUUUAUACAUCGUUGCGUUCCUUGUGCGCGUCAUCGCACCACCCUCAGCAGCCAACAGAUGGGCCAACUCCCUCAGUCUCGAGUCACGCAAUCAAGGCCGUUUCUUCACCCUGGCGUUGACUACGCUGGUCCAUUCUCGAUUCGAGCCUCCCGCGGAAGAGAAGCGAAAUCAUGCAAGGGAUAUAUCGUUAUCUUCAUCUGCUUCACGACCUCGGCUGUGCAUCUCGAGCUACUUUCGGACUACACGACGGAGGCAUUCAUCGCGGCGUACAAACGCUUCACAUCUCGACGAGGAAUUUGUGCCUCAAUCGCAAGCGAUUGUGGAACGAAUCUCGUCGGCGCAGACUCAGAACUUCGCCGUCUUCUCGCUGCAUCGUCAAAGGAGUUCGCAGAAAUGGCAAACAUCCUCGCAUCACACGGAACCCAGUGGCGGUUCAAUCCUCCCUCCGCGCCUCAUUUCGGUGGAAAAUGGGAAGCCGGAGUGAAAUCAGUCAAAUUUCACCUCAAACGAGUCAUCGGAGAAGCUACUCAAACGUUCGAGCAAUUCGCGAUGUUCCUCACGCAAGUAGAAGCCACGCUUAAUUCUCGACCUCUUUGCGCUAUUUCGGACGAUCCACGGGAUCCAAGUGCCUUGACUCCAGGACACUUUCUCGUCGGCUCAGCAUUGAACACAAUUCCUGAACCGUCACUCAUCGAGGUGUCAGUUCAACGGCUAUCGCAUUGGCAACACUCGCGUCAAAUGCUGGAGCAUUUUUGGAAACGGUGGAGUACGGAGUAUCUUCAGUCCUUCCAAAACCUCUCGAAAUGGCAGACUCAUCACGGAAACAUCAAAAUCGGAUCCAUCGUUCUCGUAAAAAACGAAAAUCUACCUACAUUUGUGUGGCCCCUCGCGAAAGUGAUCGAAGUGCAUCCGAGAACCGACGGUCUUGUUCGCGUUGUGACCGUUAAAACGAAAUCCUCUGUGUUAAAACGUCCAAUCGUAAAAUUGUCUGUGCUUCCAGUGUCCUCUCAAGACAAUUAUUGA